AUGAUUCGCGAACAAGUCGUCAGCAACAUCCUCCCCAGUCCCGGUUCUCCUCCCGGGAUGACGGCUUCCAAAAGCUCCAAAUCAUCCUCUUUUCAAUCGCUCCACAGCGACGACGGCAGUGUCUUGGCAGAUGUCAAUCACUUUGAAGACAUCGGUCUCGACGAUGACAACAUGACCCUCAAGGUGAACAUGCGCGCCGGGUCCAGUCGUUUGACAUCUCCGGCUGGUCGCCGUCUAGUCGGCGGGAAACCAGCGCCAAAGCCGCAGCGAUCGUUCCCAAACCUCCACAGCGACAUUUAUAGCGCGAAUCCGCGGAGCACCAGUCUUGCGGGCCUCACCGACUCACGACCUCUGGCGCUGAACAGGGGCCAUUCGGCAACCGCGCUGCACGUCUCCCAUCGAAACCGCAGCACCAGCCCUCGACUGACGUUGCAGGUCAAGGACGUUCAUCUUCCGGCCAGGCCUCACCCCCGUCCGAGGAGCUGGCAGGCCAACGGUCAUCGCAAGAGCUGGCAGGAGCUGGAGCACGAGUGCGACGAGGAUGACGGAGACGACAUCCCCGACGGUGUUGUCCUCGACAAUGUUCCCAUCUCGCCCCGCCCCGCCCAUGAACGCCCCCCAAGUCGGGCUCCGUCCCCCUCGCCUUCGCCGGAUCGUGGUGGUCCCAAGGAACGGGUACGCAGCAUCGGCAACGGCACGCCUCCAGUCUCUCAGGCGCAGGGAAGUCUUCGGUCGCCGGCGCGGAAAUCGGGUGCGGGAGACCGCACUCCUCCCAGCGCCUCGAGAACGCGAGCCCACAGCUGGCAAGUGGCGUUGGCCGAACUGAAUGCCGAGGCCAAGGCCUUGACGGAGAAGCUGGAGGAGCACUCUGACGAGGUCGGGGAGCCGCAUGCUGCGCGGCGCCCCUCUGGCUCCGCCCGACCCAACACGUGGAACUCGAGCCAGAUGUCCUAUGAUCAAGUCUACGACAAGAAGUCGAGGGUCAAGUCGUCGACGCCGGAAUUGCCGCCGCUGCGACGAACCGACAUCAUGGUGGACCCGCUCCCCAUCUCCAAGGAGAAGGAGGCCGUCCUCAGCCGCACGCGACCGUCCUGGCUGCCUCCCAAGGAUCCCGCCGAGGAGCGCCGUCACCUGCGCGAGUACCAGAAAAUGAUGGCUGCGAGCGCCAAGGCGGACGAGCGGCGCGAGGCCGCCCGCAGGUCGCGGACCGUCUGCAAGGACAUCAACGCCGACAGCCUCAUGCACAUCUGGGACAAGGACAUUAUCCCGCGGUGGAACGAGGCCGUUCGCGAGAGACGCACCAGAGACAUGUGGUGGAGAGGCGUCGCCCCGCGAAGCCGCGGCGUGGUGUGGGCUCGCGCCAUCGGCAACGAGCUGGGCCUCACGGAAACCACGUUCCGCACCGCCCUAGCGCGUGCCCGCGAUCUGGAAGAGCGGGUCUGCGCCGGCAGAGCCGAUUCCGACGACGCGAGAAGGGCAAAGUGGUUUGAGCGGAUCCGCAAGGACGCGGCCGAGGGAACCUGGAGGGAUUUGCGAAUCUUCCAGGUUGCCGGGCCCCUCAACGAGGCCCUGGUCGACAUCCUCAGCGCAUACGCCAUGUACAGGAGCGACAUUGGCUACGUUUCGGGGUCCAACACAAUUGCGGCCCUGCUGUUGCUGAAUUUGCCCAGUCCCGACACGGCCUUUAUCGCCCUGGCCAACCUUCUCAACCGGCCGCUUCCGCUGUCCUUUUACACCAACGACGAGACGGCACAGAUGUCGGCCUGCAAUCUGGUCAUGCAGACCCUCAGCUACAAGUCCCAACCUCUCCACAACCACCUCACCAAAACUCUGGACGACGUCGCCCCGGAAGACUACCUCAACGACAUGUUUCUCGGUCUCUUCACGGGCCAUCUCGCCGUUGACGAAGCGGCGAGGCUGUGGGACGUUUACGUCUUUGAGGGCGACGCGCUCCUGGUCCGCGCCGCAGUGGCGCUGCUGCUUGCUCGCGAAAUGGCUCUCCUCGGCACCAAGAAUGCGCGUGAGGUCAAGGAGAUGAUGUCUCUGUCGAAUUCCAGGUCCGCGUCCGUCCGGGCCGUGGGCGAAGCCGGGGCAGAGGACCGCUUUAUGGAGGCGGUCCGAGAAGCCGGAAAGGCCUGA